GCUCUGCGCGCCGCAGGAGGAGGCGGCUCCGGCCCUGGCCCCGUCCCGCCAGCGCCGCGCCCCGUCCCGCCGCAGCCCGACCGAGGGAGGAGACGGUGAGAGAGGCCGCCGUGAGGGGGGCCCGGCGAGCCGCAGAUCUUGAAAACUUUACCAGGUCCUUCAGAGAGAAAACUACAUGACACUACACCAUGAGUGACAGUAAAUGUGACAGUCAGUUUUACAGUGUUCAAGUUGCAGACUCAACAUUCACUGUACUGAAACGUUACCAGCAAUUGAAGCCCAUAGGCUCAGGGGCACAGGGCAUUGUUUGUGCUGCCUUUGAUACAGUCCUUGGAAUAAAUGUUGCUGUGAAGAAGCUGAGUCGUCCUUUUCAGAACCAAACCCAUGCCAAAAGGGCUUACAGAGAGCUUGUUCUGCUCAAGUGUGUCAAUCACAAAAAUAUAAUUAGUUUAUUAAAUGUAUUUACACCACAGAAGUCACUAGAAGAAUUUCAGGAUGUAUAUUUGGUUAUGGAGCUGAUGGAUGCAAAUUUAUGCCAGGUUAUUCAUAUGGAAUUGGAUCAUGAAAGAAUGUCUUACCUUCUGUACCAGAUGCUAUGUGGUAUCAAACAUCUCCACUCAGCUGGUAUCAUCCACAGAGAUUUGAAACCCAGCAACAUAGUAGUAAAAUCAGAUUGUACACUCAAAAUCCUUGAUUUUGGACUGGCAAGAACAGCAUGUACUAACUUCAUGAUGACUCCCUAUGUGGUGACACGGUAUUACAGAGCACCAGAAGUUAUCCUUGGAAUGGGAUAUAAAGAGAAUGUUGAUAUCUGGUCAGUUGGUUGCAUCAUGGGAGAAUUGGUGAAAGGUUGUGUGAUAUUCCAAGGCACUGAUCAUAUUGAUCAGUGGAAUAAAGUUAUUGAACAACUAGGAACACCAUCAGCAGAGUUCAUGAAGAAACUACAGCCUACAGUGAGGAAUUAUGUAGAAAACAGGCCAAAAUAUCCUGGUAUUAAGUUUGAAGAACUCUUUCCAGACUGGAUAUUUCCAUCAGAAUCAGAUCGGGACAAGUUAAAAACCAGUCAAGCUAGAGAUUUAUUAUCAAAAAUGCUUGUAGUAGAUCCAGACAAGCGAAUUUCUGUAGAUGAAGCCUUACGUCAUCCUUAUAUUACUGUCUGGUAUGAUCCUGCUGAAGCAGAAGCUCCCCCACCUCAGAUCUAUGAUGCACAAUUAGAAGAAAGAGAGCAUGCAAUUGAAGAAUGGAAAGAAUUAAUAUACAAAGAAGUAAUGGAUUGGGAAGAAAGGAGCAAGAAUGGUGUGGUAAAAGAUCAGCCCUCAGAUGCAGCAGUGAAUAGCAACACCAGUCCUUCCCAGUCAUCAUCUAUCAAUGACAUUUCAUCCAUGUCAACAGAACAAACAUUGGCCUCAGACACAGACAGCAGCCUCGAUGCCUUGACAGGACCCCUUGAAGGAUGUCGAUGAUCAGCCAGGAUUGCAGACUUGACUUUGUUAAAGAACUCUUGCUUCCAUUGGCCCCAAAUUGCUUGUAAGUUAAUGGAACCAAGUAGAAAAACUCCAUGUUCUGCAUGUUCUGCUAAAGUAAUGCCUGUUUUUUUUAACUGGGUUGUUAUGAAAUUGCCUGCUUAAUGUUGUAGAAUGAAAGUAAAUCAAUGUCUGAAGAACAAAAAAAAAAAUAAUAAUUUAAAUUUAGGCACUUGUUGUGGGCUUUUCUUUUUUUCAGCCAAUUUCAGGUGAGCAGUUAUAAUAGAGUUUUAGUCAAUAACUCCUCUUAAGUGGUUCAUGAAUCUUCAGUCCCAACUGGCAGGCUUCUGUGACACAAUGGUUGUUUACAUUUUAGUACAGUAUUGCUUGUUGGUAGGUUUAUUGAAUGUAUAGUCUCUGUGAAGUAUGUUUUCAGGUGUGACUGGCAGUUUGCAUUAUUUAAGGACUGGAGUGUUGUAUGUAAGUGGGAACCCUCACAAUGAACAGUCUCAGUACUAUGUUUAAAGGGCAGUUAUUCUUCCACAUAGCACUUUCUUUUUAAUUGAGCCCUUUCUGUCAUCACGUCUAAUGAUUCUAUCUUCUUGUAGAAGAGACAAAAGUGAAGUUUAAAGAAUGUAGCCAUUAUUUUGUAUUUCACCUCUGAGGAAAUGUCUCUAACUUUCUCAGUUUUGUAAAUGUGGGUGAAUGGAAGAUACAGUGGCUUCAUUAAAUCUUUACCUGUGAAGCAAUGCCUGUAUAGAAGAGAGUGUUAAAAUGUUCAGUACUUUCUAGCUUGUGAUACUGAUCCUUUAACAAAAUCAAACAGAAAAGGAAGUUGUAUCUGUGGUGCUCUUCAUUCACUGCAAACUGAUAAAAGGACAGGUGAACUGGAGAGACUUGCAGCCUCAAAAAGAGCUGCAUUAAUGUUUUCCAUUAUUUUAAUGGGUUGAUUCUAUCUAGCAAGUAAUAAAGAAAAACAAUGCAGUAGUUUUGAGUCACUUGUAAAUUAAGUAUUUAGGUAGUAGAAAUUAAUUCCCGCAUGAAGAAAAACCCCUCUGUUUGUACUGGGGGAGGAGAACAUAGGUAAUACAUAUUUUCUUAACACAGCAUCAGGUAAGAGGAGGAGAUUAUUUGCUGUUUCAUGGCAGGCUUAUCAAUGCAGUUUUCAGAACCAGAUAAUGUAAAUACUGCCUGGUCCAUUGCUCCAUAUGUUGAAUUAGAAAAUGUUUGCAGCAGAGUAGGGUUUAAGUUGCAUUAUACCACACACUUGUGAACUUGUGCACACUCACUUGGGAGUGCACAGGUGAGAAAUUUUGCUAAAGGAUCUUGUGUGUGUGAAAGCAAACUAUGUAAGUGUAGUAGAGAUGUACAAGAUGAGGUAAAACACCACUUUUUUAAAGGCACUAUAUUUAGUUGUUGAUCCAGAUAUUCUUGACUUGAAUAUAUAAAUAGAACUUCUAAAACAUACUGGCUCAGCCAAACUUGUACUCCUUUUUAAUAGCUGAAUUUGCUGUAGCAAAUAUAUUAAGGUUAUACUGUCCCAGAAGCUUCAAAUGAAUUAAUGAAGUAGUUAAUAUGAUGUUUGCUUCAGAACUAUCACCUGGAAUCUUGGAUUUUUAAAAUCCUGUUUAAUGGAAUUGCAGGAUAUUUGGGCUUGUUUUUUUUUUUUCUUGUUGCUCAGUUUUAAACCUACAAAUAGGUUAAUUUAUCUUUUGAUACUGACAGUCUAUGUGAAAUAUUUUUAGUGCGUUUUUGUCACUGGAAAAAAACAUUUUAAAAUACCUGAUUACCAUAGAGCAGAACAGCACAGGUUGCUGUUCUUCUGCAUUUUAAUCUUUAAGAUUACCGAAAGCACAUAGUCAAAAUGCACAUUAGGAUUCAUCAUGGAAGUAAUCUACUGUGUUUAAUUUUUCAAGACUUCUGUCUUCUUCAACUGAAGUUACAGUUCAUUUUGACAGUUACUGCUUUAGAAGACUUAAUGAAACAAAAACUUUUGUUUCAUGGUUUGUUUGGUUUUUUUUUGAAAUUCAGAGUUGCAUUUUUCCUAUUGGACUUGGGCUGCUCGAAACAAGGGCAGUUGGAUCAGAUGACCUCCAGGUCUCUUCCAACCUGUAUUAUUCUGUGAUUCAAAUUCUCUUAAAAUGUUGUUUAUUAACACAGCUGCCCUAUCUUCAAGAUAUGACCUGGUAUCUGAUGUUCUUCUAGUACAUACUGUUACUUUGAAUACAUGCUCUUGGAACAAAAACAGUCCCUGAGUUAAUUUGUAAAUCAUAUUCUAGGAAAAGCUGUCUCAUAUCUUAUUUUUUUAAUGUCUUCUUGCUGUGGCAUCACAAUGAAGCUUCAAAAUUUUACAGAAAUGUUGUUACUUCAGAGCAUGCAUGAAAUGUCUGUGAAUAUUGUAGAUUUUGAUUCCAGUAUCAUUCAAAACCAAAUUGCUAAUAUCCUGAAUGAGAAUCCAUUUCCAAAGGCACAUAUAGAGAUGAUAUUUCAUAAAAUGCAUGCAGAAUAGAUGCAUGCUUAGGUUCCCAUGCUGUUUCAGUGUACACAUAUAGAGUAUAAAUCCACUGCAUGCAGAUUGUGUCCAUAUAGUUGUAUUCCUGACUGCAGGUGAAGUUCAGUGCCAUGUCUGUGAAGUGGUUGUCAAUGCCAAAAAACCUCAUUAGUGAUGGAAACUGAAAUGCACAUGUAACUUGACAGGGGCUCAGAAGUUGAGAGAGUUUGGUGUGCAAUAUAAUCACUUUUAUUCCUAAGACUAAAAUCAUGUAUGUAAAGUGAUACAAUUGACCAUUUUUUUUUUGCACUUUGGCAUUUAUAAAUAUUUAUAUGUAUUUAAAGGUAAAGAAUAUGUGAGUGUGUUUACACAUAUAUAUUAAAAAACCUGCUCAGUUUUGUAAACAUGAAUGUUACUUUUUCUUUAUGGGAGACUUUGUAUAGUGUUAACACUACUGCAGUAUACAUAAACAAUUUAUGAAAUAUGAUUACAAAAUAAGUGUUGAUCAACAUAGAUACAAUCUGUAAUCUUAACUGCUCACCUGAAAAUAGAGGGAUCUAUGGCUAUCAAUCAGAUUAUUGACCAGAAACAUUAUGUUCAAUAUAUGAACUCUGAGUAGCUGAAUGGCAUUGCAGAAAUGGAGUAUGUUAUAAACAGUUCAUUUCAUCUGUGCUUGCAUCAUUUUUCCUCAAAAGAACCAAAUCUUAGAAAGAGAAGUUUGACAUUUUGAAAGCUGGAUAAGCUGCCUGUAAGCUUGCUUUGAGGAAAUCCUGUGAUACGACAAGUAUAGGGUUGUUUUUAUUGAAAAGAUGGUAAAUGAAUGUCAAAAUAAGGCUUUGUCUGCAUGGAUUAUACAAAAUAAAGUAGUCUAAUGACUGGAAACUAGUGCUUGCAAACAGCCUUGGAAGUUUUAUAAUGUUUCCAGUAAGGGUUUUAAUUUCUUGUCAAAAUAAUAAAAAUAAACUCAACCUUGACUGGAAACUGACUAGUUGGUUGGUACAUUUCAAAAACUUAGGAAUCAGAGGGCUCUAAAGGUUUUCUUUGUCUUUUUUAAGUCCUAACAGAGUAUGUGUGUUUACUCAAAAUUAAUUAAAAAACCAAAAUAAUUUCUUUAUUUUUCUUAAAGGAAGGGCCUUAAAUCGAUUUCCUUUUUAGAACUGAUUUUUAUUUGGCUUGAAAAUUAUCAUUUUAUGAACGAAGUAGGGUUUAGACAUUUAAAACACAGCUGAUAUACCAAGCCUCUAAGCACAGAGUGGACAACAUUUCUUUUGGCAGAAUUGCAGUCCUGUUGCUUGGUGUGGGCUGGAAGUUCCAGUGUGAAAGUGCAGACAAAUCUUUUCCUGAACAUGAUGCUGGUCUGGAGUAUGGUUUCAGUCUUGCAGCAAGACAGUUUGUGUAGAGCCUUUUGUUGGAAUUGUCACGCUUAAAAUGGAAGGAGUUGGAGUGUGGUGGGGGGUAAAUGCUGAACAGCCUUUGUCUGUAUAUUCUACAUCUGUCAUAUGGAUUCUAUCAGGGCUUGAUGCUAAACUUAGUGAUACCAUACACUGGGAACCAAAUUUUUUUCCUGGGAUGUGUCUUGUGUAAUUCCUGCUCAAAACAAACUGGUUUUGGUUCUGGGACACCUGCACCCAGAUGCAGAAUUUGUACUUGAGUUCCUAUAGACUAAUCUAAUGAUUUCUUUGCUUUUCCAGAGUGUUUUUAAGGAUUUUUAAAACAUGUGGAAAGAUGACAGAAAAAGUGUCUUCUGACUCGUUAUUUACAUAUGUUUUAACUUCUCUGUUACACCAGUGAUACUGAUGUUCUAUCAGCUUGGAACAACUUACCAAAGCAGUUUUAUUUUUUGCCUGCUCUGCAUGCUAAAAAUAUCUGGAGCUAAACUAAUGUGUUAAGCAAACCUCAUUUUCUCAUGUUCCCAUUGGAGGAAUUUGAAGAGAUAACCAUCAUUUCUGUUUGUGUCCCCUAAAAUCACUCUUUUAUUUUUUGUAGGUAAAAUUUUACUUGUUGCAUUUCAAUCCCAUGGUCUUGCUUUGUGGUUAUAAAUUUACCUGGGUCCUCUAUUUCAAACAGUUUAACAUAUAAAGUCCAGUGUAAAACUGAGCUGGUAAGAUGCACUCUUCUGCAAUUUGUUAUUGAAAAUAUGGCAAAUUAUUUUGGUCCAAAAAUUCAAAACAAAUUAGAGAAAAUACAUUUAGCUGUUUAAGUUUUUAUUCCUUGAUGCUGCUGCUUUUUUUUUUUUUAAACAGGUGCUUGCAGUUUUGCACAAGAAAAAUCAAUUUUAUUAAUUGCUGGGUUUGAAGCACUUUUACUUCCCAGUACACCCAGUAUAUGGUGUAAAAAGGAAUGACAGAAAAAAAUUUUAAAUUUGGGUUGCAAUCUUUACUUAUUUUGAUAUCCUUUAAAUAGAAAACUGUUUUCAGAGAUUUGAAAUGAAAAAUUGUUUUUAUGGGCUGAAAUUUAACACUUAGUAAGAGAUCAUCUGAGAAACAUCUUGUACUCAAAUGCUGGUAGGCUGUUAGCCAAGUGACUGCCUACCCAUUUAUUAGGUGAAGAUACAACCGUGUUUGUUCCUGUAGCUAGGUCAGCUAGCUAUGAGCUAGGAUUCUUUUUUCUUAAA